UUACUAAAUGGCUGUUUGCAUUCAGGGCACACCAGUUUCUGAAUGCUUAGGACUUGGUUACCUUUUGUUUAAAUAGCCUCUGAAAGGAGCGAUGCAUCUCUUUGCAUGUCUGUGCAUUGUCCUUAGCAUUUUGGAAGGAGUGGGCUGUUCGUGUCCUUCACAGUGCACCUGUGAUUAUCACGGCAGAAAUGACGGCUUGGGAUUAAGGUUGGUGCUAUGUAACGACAUGGAUAUGAAUGAGCUCCCUACAAACCUCCCCGUGGAUACCGUGAAGCUUCGCAUAGAGAAGACUGUCAUCCGCAGAAUCUCUGCAGAGGCCUUCUAUUACCUAGUAGAGCUUCAGUACCUCUGGGUGACUUACAAUUCCGUGGCCAGCAUUGACCCCAGCAGCUUUUACAACCUGAAGCAGCUGCAUGAGUUGCGCUUGGAUGGAAAUUCUCUGGCUGCUUUUCCUUGGGCAUCUCUGCUGGACAUGCCGCUUCUGAGGACCCUGGAUUUGCACAAUAAUAGAAUAAGCAGUGUGCCAAAUGACGCACUCAGGUAUCUGAAGAACCUUGCCUACUUGGAUUUAUCAAGCAACAGACUCACCACAUUGCCACCAGAUUUCCUGGAGAGCUGGUCUCAUUUAGCUACAACACCUUCUGGAGGCUGGGACCUUUCCCCAAGCAGGGUUAUUCUUGGUCUACAGGACAAUCCUUGGUUCUGUGACUGUCAUAUUUCCAAAAUGAUUGAGUUGUCAAAGGUUGUAGACCCAGCUAUAGUGCUUCUGGAUCCACUGAUGAUUUGCAGUGAACCUGAGCGCCUCACAGGAAUUUUGUUUCAGCGGGCUGAGUUGGAGCAUUGUCUGAAACCAUCAGUGAUGACCUCGGCCACCAAAAUCAUGUCUGCUCUGGGUAGUAACGUUCUACUGCGGUGUGAUGCCACUGGCUUCCCCACCCCACAGCUCACAUGGACCAGAUCUGACAGCUCACCAGUUAAUUACACAGUAAUACAAGAAUCUCCAGAGGAAGGAGUCAGAUGGUCUAUAAUGAGCUUGACAGGCAUUUCUGCCAAAGACGCUGGGGAUUACAAAUGUAAGGCCAAAAAUCUGGCUGGGAUGUCAGAAGCUGUGGUUACUGUGACAGUGCUUGGCAUUAUCACAACCACGAUAUCACCAGACACUUCUGAAAGAACUGGAGAUCAUCCUGAGUGGGAGGUCCGGCCAGGAUCUGGAAGAUCUACGUCUGUAUCUAGUGCAUCACCAUACCCUUGGUCCUCUUCCUACCCCCCCACAUCUUCUUUGUCUGCUUCUACUUUGUCUCCUCCCUCUAUUUCUUCCUUCUCUUUAUCUCAAUCCUUCUCCUCCGCUGCUUCUUCAACCACGACUCUGAGCACGAGCAUCUCCGCAAGUACCACCAUGGCCAACAAGCGAUCACUCCAGCUCUACCCAGAUGGGAAAAGAAAUUUAAAGGUGGCAAAGAGUGGAAGUAAGCUUCCUCCAGCCAGCACAAGUAAGAAAGAAGAGCUGGCAUUGUUGGAUCAAACAUUGCUUAUAAACACAAAUGCCACAAUAGAAAACCUCAGGGUGGUCAGCGAGACGAAAGAGAGUGUGACAUUGACGUGGAAUAUGAUCAACACCACACAUAACUCUGCAGUGACUGUGUUGUAUUCCAAGUAUGGUGGGAAGGACCUGCUGCUGUUGAAUGCAGACUCCAGCAAGAACCAAGUAACCAUAGAUGGCUUGGAACCCGGUGGCCAAUACAUGGCCUGUGUCUGUCCAAAAGGAGUGCCUCCCCAGAAAGACCAAUGCAUCACCUUUUCUACUGAAAGAGUUGAAGGAGAUGAUUCUCAAUGGUCUCUCCUUCUCGUGGUGACCAGUACUGCCUGUGUUCUUGUCUUACCAUUGAUUUGCUUCUUGUUGUACAAAGUUUGCAAGCUGCAAUGUAAGUCAGAACCUUUUUGGGAAGAUGAUUUGGCAAAAGAGACUUACAUUCAAUUUGAGACCCUGUUUCCCAGGUCUCAAAGUGUAGGUGAGCUCUGGACACGAAGGCACAGGGAUGACUCAGAAAAAUUGCUGCUUUGUUCUAGGUCAAGUGUGGAAUCUCAGGUGACUUUUAAAAGUGAAGGUUCCAGACCAGAGUAUUAUUGCUAAGGUUCUGCAGCUCAGGUGCAUGUGAGCUACAAAAUUAGCAUCUAAGGGUAUAAUGACCCUAGGUUUGGAUGACUUUUGGACAGACUUUCACAUUGUUAGUGAAAAUCAUAAAUGGAUGCUUUUAAAUGUGUUUUAAAGAUACCAUGAGACCUCUGAACUGAAAAGACAAAUAACUUUGAUUUUUUUUCUUGUGUGGAAAAGGUCUGAGGAAAUAAUUUUUAGAGUGGUGCUUAAUGAAUAUUAAUACUUUUUAGGGUAAUGUUUCAGUUCUUAAAAAUAAGUUUAUGUGAAAGUAGAAAGUAAACUGUAUUUAAACAUACAGUUUUUUAAGUAAUGAGGAAACAUUAGCGUAACCAGCUAAGCCUUGAUGUUUAUUCAUGUUCAAAGUGCAUUAUGACAUUUGCUGUGGACAUUUUCUGACAUUGCCUAAUGGUGAGCAUUAGAUCAUAAAGGAUUUGACAUCCACUAAGGUUAAAUCCAACUCACAGGAGAGGGAGGGCUCUGUCUCUUGGUAACAUUAUGCAUUAUAAUACUGUAGAGUUGUGUUCAUAUUGCAUUUAAGAAAAAUUUUGCUUUUCUUUAGAAAUAUAGGUAUUAGCAAAAAUAAGUAUACAAAGAGGAUCAUGACAAAUAGACCAUUUCUUUAAAAACGGCAACUGUUGCAGUUUACACGCAUCUGCUGACAGACUGUAUGGAUAUUUAAAAAUAACUUUAAUCUUUUAAUUAUUUUGCUAUUUGCUCUUCUUUUCUUCUUUCUUUUAUCCCUCCUUGUCUUCCCUCCCUUUCCUUUUUUUCAUUCCUUCUUUCUUCACUUCUGCUAUGUCAGAAGAUGUACAAGUAGCCAAAGGACCAUGAGCCAAGCUGUUUGUCUUUUGCCACGUUAUCUUGAUUCUCUUGAUAAAGAGAAAGCUUUUGAAAUUAUUUACUGCCCUUUGAAAGUCUGUUGUAAAACCCCAAAGGAUAUUUUAGGAUUUUGAAAGGGAAGCUUCCAUGGAUUCAUUUGGGUAGACUCUUUUCCUAGGUUAAAAACAUCAGGGAACUUAAAUACAUAGGAAAGGAGUUUAUCAAUAAAAUUUGUUUUUUUAAAAAGAGCAUUUUAAUAACUAUAGUACACUACAAGAGACAUCUCAUGGCUUUAAGAUUCAUGAUAGUGAUAAAACCCACUCAAGCAUCUCACAGAGGCAAUACUACAUGUCACUUAGCAGGAUGAUGCAACCCGGCCCAGGGGUAUCCAGGAGACAAGGCCACAUCAGCGCAGAGGCAACUUUCAUAAAUCUUAGAACAAAGCUUGAACUUACUAAAUUAAACUUGCUCUAUGAAAAACACCUGGUAAUGGACCCAGACUGAAUACAUGUGUAAGAAAUGGGAAAGAUCUCUGAAACUCUGAGAAUGGUCUUCAAAUAGAAGCCCUCCCACUCCGUUGGUCAUCUGACCCCUGACUGCAUCUGGCCCAUGACAGCAGCCAGCUCCUGCUUUCUGUCUUAGUAAGAGCACUGCUGGAAUAAACUGCUCGGACAUUAGAUGGUGUCUAAGACUCAUCUUUGAUGAGAUUUAGACUGACAGAGAUACAUCAUCCUUGGGAAGCUGGCUAACUGGGACCACCCAAAACCUCAGACCACAACGAGCAAUGAGGAUGAAAUCUGAGUAAGCCAAUGAGUGAUGACACCCAUUUCAAGAGGAGAAUCGAGGGAGAGUGACCGGGA